AUGGAAACAAGCAUAGAGCAAGAUCUUGAAAAAUAUUAUAAAGAACAGUAUUUUUAAUACAGUGCAAUACAUAAAUCAGCAGAAAUUAGUCCAUCAAUAAAUAAUUUACGGUCAGAUAACAAAUCACUCUUAAUUAUCAGAGACUUAGAAAAUAAAAUUCAGGAGCUUGAAGAAUCAAACAGAUUUUUAAGAAAAAAAUUCAAUGACUCUGAGCUUAAAAAUAAUGAACUCUCACAGUCAAUUGCUUUACUUGAAAAAGGAUUAAAAAAAUCCACUUUAGAAGCUGAAAAAUAUAAGCACGAGCUUGAAUACAUUCAACAUAACAUUCAAAAUCCAAAAGAAAAUCACAAAAUUGAAAUUGAAGCAGAAACACUUAAGGAUGAACUGUCUCAUUUCAAAGAAAAGAAAAAUCAACAAAUCUCUGUUUUAAUUGAAACUUGUGAAAAAUUACAAGAAGAACUGCUAGCAUUCAAAGAAAAAGAGAAGAAGUUCAAACUUUACAAAAGAAAAUAUUUAGCGCUUGAAAGUGCAUUAAACCACUUAACAAUAGAGAAGGAUAAGAAAAUCGAUCAUUUGCAAAGUAAAAUAAAAAUAUUGAAAAACAAGAUUAGUUUUAAUACACCUUAUUCAGAAAGACAUAGCCAAAAGCCAAGAUUUCGAUCAAAAAGUCCUGGAACAAUAUCUCCAAUAAGAAGCUCCUCACCAUUGACCACAUCGAGAACGAGGGCUUCUGAAAUGGAGGGUAUCAGCUCCAAAAUUUUAGAUCUUGAAAGAGCUCAGUUAGAAUAUAGAAAGAAGCUUACGUCAUUAUUGGCAGAGCCAUCAAUAUCUAGGAAUGAGAUAGAGAAAUUAAAAUAUUUGUUAACUCCCUUCCUUUAAAUUUGGGCAAAAUGCUGCCAUCCAUUGAGUUUGGGUAAAUUUUAUUACCUAUAGGUAAAAAUUACGCUUCUGUGAAAAUAUUUUUUAUACCGAAUUUAACGUUGCCAAAAUGAAAAUUUUAAGAAAACUUGUUCUAUUUUAAGGAGGGAGUAUAAAUAGAUACCUUUUACCUAAGCUAGCACUUUGAAAAAUAAAUUUGAAUAAUAUAAAAUUUCUUCUAUAUUAAAAUUUAAUAUUAACAUUUUUUUCAAAAAAAAUUUACCUUCUUUAUAGGAACGAAUGUUUUAUAUCUGUAAAAAUUUAAAGAGGAGAGAGUAAAGCAGAAUGAUGAUAAGCUACAAGAAAGCAAAAAAAUACAAGCACAUAUCCUUACUCCCCCCCCCCUCCGUGAGUGAAUAAAACCAUUAGAAAAAUCGCUAUUUUUUGCCCAAAAACCCACCCUCGGUGAAUGAACAAAAAUGUUUUUAAUAGAAAAUUUGUUUUAUGAAAAAAGAAAUUGAUAUAUAAGUGAUAAUUAGUAUAAUGAAAUCUCGAGAUAAUUCUGUUUAAUUUUAAACACAUUGCGUUUUAAAACAUAAAUUUAAUAAAUUAAAUCAAUAUUUGCUUCCCAAUUUUUGCAAAUUAGGAUUUUUUAAAAAUUUCGAAAAAAAAAAAAAUUCUAUAUAAUUUAUAUAUAAAUUUUUUAAAAAAAAAAAUUAACCCCCCUCCGUGAGUGAACAAAAUUUUUUUGUUCACUCACGGAGGGGGGGGAGUUAGAGAUGUAUUAAAUUAUUAA